AUGCAUAUAAAAUUUUCAUUUAUGUAUCAUCUUACAGGUGACAAGAAGUUAAAGCUUCCAUUUUCCUACUCAGUGAAAGGAUGUUGCAGGAUCUCACACAAUUCCAACAUCUCUAAGUUCCAAGUCUCUGAGUUCAUUCUGAUGGGAUUCCCAGGCAUUCACGCCUGGCAGCACUGGCUCUCCCUGCCCCUGGCUCUGCUCUACCUCUUAGCUCUCACUGCCAACAUCCUUAUCCUGGUGACCAUCAAACAAGAGGCCACACUGCGCCAACCUAUGUACUAUUUCCUGGGGAUCCUGGCUGUGGUAGACAUGGGACUGGCCACCACCAUCAUGCCCAAGAUUUUGGCCAUCUUAUGGUUCAGUGCUAAGGCCAUCAGUCUCCCUGAGUGCUUUGCUCAGAUGUAUGCCGUACAUUGCUUUGUGACCAUGGAGUCAGGUAUCUUUGUCUGCAUGGCUAUAGACAGAUAUGUAGCCAUUUGCAGACCUCUACACUAUCCAUCAAUAAUUACUGAAUCUUUUGUUGUCAAGACAACUGUGGUCAUGGCACUCAGAAAUACCCUAACUACCAUCCCAGUGCCUGUGUUGGCUGCACAGAGGCACUACUGCUCACAGAACCAAAUUGAGCACUGCCUGUGUACUAAUCUUGGAGUCACUCGCUUAUCCUGUGAUGACAGGACAAUCAACAGCAUCUACCAGCUAUUUCUGGCCUGGAUGAUGAUGGGGAGUGACCUGGGUUUGAUUUUCUUGUCAUAUUCUUUGAUUCUUCACUCGGUGCUAAAGCUGAACUCAGCAGAAGCUGCAUCCAAAGCCCUAAGUACCUGCACUUCUCACCUCAUCCUAAUUUUGUUCUUUUACACUAUCAUUGUUGUCAUUUCCAUCACCCAUAGUGCAGCCAUGACGGUUCCCCUCAUCCCAGUUCUACUCAAUGUACUACACAAUGUCAUUCCUCCUGCCCUCAACCCCAUGGUGUAUGCACUCAAGAACAAGGAGCUCAGGCAGGGCUUGUAUAAGGUCCUGAAGCUGGACAACAAGGNAACAUCAAGG